GGUAGUAGUAGUGGCAUUGGUAGUGACAGUGGUAGUGGUAAUGGUAGUGGAAGUGGUAGUGGUAGUGGUAAUGGUAGUGGGAGUGGUAGUGGUAGCGGUAAUGGUAGUGGUAGUGGAUGUGGUAGUGGAAAGUUGUAGUAGUAGUAGUGGUAGUGAUAGUGGUAGUCGUAGUUGUGGUGGUGGUGGUGUUAGUAGUGGUUUUUGUGAUAUUGGUAGUGAUAGUGGUAGUGGUUGUGGUGUUGGUGGUUUUAUUGGUAGUGGUAGUGAUAGUAAGAGUGGUAGUGGUGGUAGUAGUGUUCGUGGUUGUUUUUGUUGUAUUGGUAGUUGUAGUGAUAGUGGUGGUGGUGGUGUUAGGGUGGUUUUUGUGGUAUUGGUGGUCAUAGUGGUAGUGAUAUUGGUAGUGGUGGUGGUGUUAGUAAUGGUUUUUGUGGUAUUGGUAGUGGUAGUGGAAGUGCUGGUGGUGUUAGUGGUAGUUUUUGUGGUAUUGAAGGUCGUAGUGGUAGUAGUGGUGAUAGUGGUAGUGGUGGUAUUGUUAGUGGUGGGGUUUAAUGUGGGGGUGGUGGUGCUAGUGUUAUUGGUAAUUUUAUAAAGGUUACUGGUAGUGCUUGUGGUAAGGGUAUUGUUAGUGGUGAUGGCAGUGUUAGUGGUGGAAGUGGUAUUGGUGGUUUUAAGAGUAAUAGUAUUGGUGAGGGUUGUGGUUGUGGUUGUGGCAGUGAUAGGGGUGGUGGUAGCGGUAGUGGUAGACGUAAUGGUAGUGCUA